GCUGCGGAGGGCGCAGCCGUCUGCCAGAAGCACCUCACGGUUCAGAUCCCGCGCCACCUCUAUCCAUGUCUUCUUCUAGCUCCCGUGCCACCUCUCGGUUCGAGCUUCCGGUGCGCAUGGAGAUGCCGAUCCUCCUCUGUCCGCGGUGCCAAGCGCCCGUUGAUCGGAGGAUUUCGCGCACACCGAAGAACACCAAUCGUCCGUUCUACGUGUGCAGCAGCGAGAAAGGGAUAAAAUGCUUCUUCGUUUGGGUCGAUGUUUUGCUCCAGACGCUGAUGAAUCAGCUGCUAGAUGAGCACGAAGAAUGGUUGCCCAUCUUGCCACAGACGACACGGGUCGCCGCGAUAGCUAGUGCAGAAGAGACGCAGGGCGGAGCACGCAUUGACAGAGAGGUAGCUUUUGAGCUAAGGUGGAUGAACCAGAAGAUUAGAGAGCUCGAAGAUCAAUCAAAAAUUUGGAAUUACAUUUGUGCAUUUGUAGGUGGUAUUGUCAUCGCACUAGGUUUAAUGUUGACAUUGUAUGGAAAGGCAUGAAUUUGUGAUGAAUUUGUAAGCUUCAAAUUGUAUGAACUUGUAAGCUUGAAUUUGCAAGCUUGAAAUAAAUAAAUCUGAUCAAAAUUCGAUAGUGGCAAAGAUUUGGCUUUGGGCAGAUGAGAAGGGUGUUUAAAAAAACGGUGAAAAAUGAACAAACAAAAAAGGGUGCGGCUAGGACUCGAACCCAAGACCGCUUUGUUUGGUAGCGUGAAGGAUUGCUCUGGUAACCAGUGGGGUGGAUGGACAGAUAUUGAAAAGCAAAAGGAAGAAAUCUAGCUAUAGUUAGUUCUAGUUCGUGACUUGGUUUAUGGUGUAAGGACGCAUAUGUUUGUUCUUUGUGUUUAUGCACGCUGCUUAACCAAAAAAAGGGUGCGUCUUUGUUAUUUCAAGCAUUACGUGUUUGUGGUUUAGGUUGGAA